AUGGGUGCUAAAGUCGGAUUCGCUGCCAGCGCGCGUCAGUUCUUUCUCGGUGGGGAGGCUACAUCCAAGGAGGAGAGGAAACUUGUCAGGAAAUUAGAUUUCUUCAUUCUUGUCCGUAACCUACAUACUGUUGUUUCAGUUACUUUUUCAACUUCCUUGGUUGCUGGUCUUCGCGAGUCGCUCAACAUGAGUGGCCACGAUUACAACAACGUUCUUUCUCUCACGACUGCUGGAAUGGCCAUCGGUCAACUGCCCAACGGUAUCAUCAUCCAACGAGUCAAGCCUCGCAUAUGGCUACCUUCGAUGGUCGUUUUCUGGGCCGCAAUGACAAUGCUGAGUGCUGCUGUCACCAAAGUCACCCAACUCCUUGUCAUCCGGUUCUUCCUCGGUCUCGCCGAAGCGAGCACAUACUCUGGUGCCAUGUACAUCAUCGGAGCAUGGUACAAGCCUGAAGAAAUCCAGAAGCGAACUGCCCUUUUUGGCGUAUCUGGACAGAUCGGUACCAUGUUUGCUGGUGUUAUGAUGACGGCUAUCCACAAGGGUAUGAGAGGAAUGGCUGGACUGCAAGGUUGGCAAUGGGUUUUCAUCAUCGAUGGCAUUAUCACACUCCCCAUUGCUGUCUUUGGCUUCCUUUAUUUCCCUGAUACGCCUGAGAAUACCAAUGCCAGUUAUUUGUCUGAGUCGGAACGAAAGCUUGCCCUUUCCAGAGUGCCUAGAAUCGCCGAGGGAGGCCAUAACAUUAUGCCCAUGUCACUUCUCAAGAGAGUUUUCUUGACCCCCAUGUUCUGGAUUCUUUUCUUCUGGUCUCCCGUCUGCGCCAGCACCGAAGGAUUCCCUUUCCAGAACAGCUUCCUCCUCUGGCUCAAGUACUACAACGACAAGUUCUCUCAGACCCAGAUCAACACGUACCCUCUCGGUGUCCAAGCUGUUGGUAUCUUGGCAAACAUGGUUGCCGCAUGGUACAUGGACGCUACCGGGCAGCGUGUCCCAAUGGCCAUCGCCUGUGUCAUCCUACAGAUCGUCGUAGGAUCCAUGCUUCUAGUCAAGAACCUGUCUAUGGGUGCAACCAUGUUUGCCUUUUACCUUGCUGGUUCUGCCUACAUGGUGAACCCGCUCAUUUUCGGCUGGGCAAACAUUAUUCUGCAGCGAACAGGUGAUGACGCCCUGCGAAGUAUCACACUCUACUGCAUGAAUAUUGGUUCCAUGUCGAUGUGGACCUUCUGGGGUAUUAUUUUUUAUAGUGCUGCAGAUGCUCCGUACUGGAAGAAGGGCUCUAUUGCUCUUCUCGGUGGCUGCGGUGUGAUGUUUUGCUACAUGUGGCUCGUUGUUUACGUUGAUAGAAAGACAAUGAAGAAGCAUGGGGAUGGAAUGGGCGAUAACACGGAAGAGCCUCUAGAGGUUGCCGAGGAUGAGAAGAAGCCCGACACCCCAGUGGUGACGGAGAAGCAGACCAGCACAUAG